UUUUGUUUGAAUGGGCAUUCAUAUUUUAAUGUAUACUCAGCAGCUCCCUUCCCCUAUAAAGUAAUUAGGACAGAAGUUGCGAAAAUAUGGGUUGAUCGCAUAAGCAUGGGGGAGGAGAGUCGUGUUCCCAGUUAUCAGAACCGAGUUUCCACCAUGGAUUCAGGGGAGAAGCGUCUCAACGAGCUCGGGUACAAGCAGGAACUCAGAAGGGACAUGACAAUGUUCAAGACACUGGCAAUAACGUUCUCGAGCAUGGCAGUGUUUACAGGGACGCCUCUUUAUGGGCCCAGCCUGCUUUACGCUGGCCCGGCCCCCUUACUAUGGGGCUGGGUCGUCGUCGCCUUCUUCACCUGGUUCGUCGGGAUCGCCAUGUCCGAGAUCUGCUCCUCCUUCCCUACCACGGGUUCUCUAUACUUUUGGGCGGCCCAUUUGGCCGGGCCCAGGUGGGGCCCAUUCGCCUCAUGGUCCUGUGCUUGGCUCGAAACUAUCGGCGUCAUUUCUGGAAUUAGUGCCCAGGCAUAUUCAGGGUCACAGACAUUGCAGAUGAUAAUUCUACUCGCGACUGGAACUAACAAAGGGGGAGGCUACUUCGCUCCGAGGAGUGUGUUUUUCUGUAUGUACGUCGGCCUGACCAUCGUAUGGGCAGUCCUCAACACCUUCGCCCUCCGGGUCAUUGCCUUCUUAGGCAUCAUUUCGAUUUGGUGGCAGGUCAUUGGUGGGCUGGUGGUGAUAAUAGGGUUACCGCUGGUGGCGCAGACAACGCAACCAGCUUCCUUCGUCUUCACGCACUUCGAGAUGGCCCCCGAGUCGACCGGCAUCAGCAGCAUACCCUAUGCAGUUAUCUUAUCGGUGCUCCUCAGCAACUAUUGCCUGUAUGGAUACGACGCAGCAGCCCAUCUAACAGAGGAGACGAAGGGCGCCGACAAGACCGGGCCGGUUGCGAUCCUCGCAAGCAUCGGAAUCAUCUCAGUCUUCGGCUGGGCCUACAAUCUCGCCCUCACUUUCAGCAUCCGAGAUUUCGGGUAUCUUUAUGAUGAAAGUAACGAGACCGGGGGAGCCCUCGUUCCAGCGCAAAUAAUAUAUGACGCAUUCCACGGAAGGUACCAUAAUUCCGCGGGGGCCGUUGUUUUCCUCUGCAUCAUUUGGGGGUCCUUCUUCUUCUGUGGUCUUUCCGUUACUACAAGUGCGGCAAGAGUUGUCUAUGCACUGUCUAGGGACAACGGGAUCCCGUUCUCGCCGGUCUGGAGGAGACUGCACCCCAAGCGCAGAGUCCCCGUGAAUGCUGUCUGGCUCAGUGCGGCCAUUGCCAUCCUCCUCGGGCUGCCAAUCCUGAAGCUUGACGUGGUCUUCACUGCAAUCAUCUCGAUAAGCACUAUCGGGUGGGUGGGGGGGUACGCGGUGCCUAUCUUUGCGAGGCUGGUGAUGGCCGAGGAGGACUUCAACCCGGGCCCGUUCUAUCUCGGCCGGGCGAGGAGGCCCGUCUGCUUGGUGGCCUUCCUGUGGAUCUGCUACACUUGCUCGGCUUUUCUUUUGCCAAUUUCUUACCCCAUCAAGUGGAAGACUUUCAACUACGCCCCCGUUGCACUUGGCGGAGUUUUGACAAUUGUUAUGCUCUGGUGGGUAUUGGAUGCUAGGAAAUGGUUCAAGGGACCGGUGAGGAACAUCGACGUGCAAAACCAGUUCCCAAACUUGUAACAACAAAAGUUCCCUCAGUUACUCCUGCAUCGAAUUAUAUAGUUGAUAUAGUUGAAAUACAUGGGUAACCCACCAGUUUUCAGGUUUCAGGUAAAAUCUGAGUGAUGAAAGAGCUGUCGGGUAAAUUUUUUCUAAUGGCGAAAAUAUUCAACAAUCAGGUUCAACCAUGUACAGGAGGUUUUGGAUAUACAUUCCUUUGAACCUGAGAACGGGUUAAGGUCCAAAUCUUCUGGCUCCUAAAGAUGUGAUUGAUCGACUCACUUUCUGCAAGAACAUGUUCUGCUAAUGCAUUUCCAUGAGAAA